GUAUAGUUUGACCGGUUAAGUAAUUUACACCAUCAUUUUUGGCGCCGACCGUGGGACCGUUAAGGUUUCUUCUCCUAAACACAAACCUACCCACAAAAACACCACUCAAAAUGUCUUCAACCCAACAAAUCAACGCUACUUCCACUCAGGUGCAAGCCACCAAUGAGGGUACCAGCAUCCCUGUGGCAGCUACCAUACCGGUCAUUUCAGCCCCGGUGUUGCCUUUGGGUCUGAGCUCUGUCCCAACGCCUAGCGUGAUCAGCCCAUUCACGACCCCCGUCCCUUCCGCUGGACCGAGGGUCACGUUCCCACCAAGCAUGACUCAGUUCAUGAAUGACCCAGCCAACCUACAAGCCAUCCAGGGCUUUGGCCAGGUCAUGGCCAUGUGCCAACAGAAUGGGGGGAUGCCUUUUCUCCCUGGUAUGUUCCUGUUUGCUCUUCCAUGCGCGGGAACCAUGCCCCUACAAGCUCCAAUGGCGGUGACGCCAUUCCAGACACCGGUGCCGCAGCCAUCACCUUUCCAGCCCCAGCUGGUCAGCACCAUGGCCCCUGUCAACUUGACUGGCGCGCUUAACGCUGCAGGGUCGUCGCGUCCCCCGCAAGGUAUGAAUCCGCAAGUCACCGCUGAUGGUCAUUGCGUCUCAAUUGAGAGUGAUGACGGCGAGUGGGACAUUCCAAGGGCCCACAAGAAGAAGAAAGGAAAAAACAUCCGGCCAGCGACCUCCCGAAACUCCGCCUUUGAAAGGCUGGGGGAUAGGGAGGAAGGCCAGAGGAAGUCAGCCAAGCAAAGGCUGGGGCAGAGCGUUGCCCAUGUCAGUGCGUUCGCCCAGCUAGGCGAGGUGCGGGAGGCCGAGCCUGCCCGCACCCGGCGCUCCCGGUCUAACCGGCAGGAGCCAGCGAGGACGAGGGCCUCUCGUCAGGAAGAGGAAGCAGAGAGCCAGCCCAGGUUACCGGUGGCAAACCGGUUGACCGUCCCAAAUGACCGCGUCCAACAGAUGGAGGCAAAACUAGAGAGGCUGGAAAAGAAGGUCGGAGAGAAGAAUGACCGGGACAAACCCCUGGCGGGGUUCCCGUUCACCAUAAGGGUCCAUCUGACACCUUUCCCGCGAAAGGUCAAGAUCGACGCCCCUAGAUUCACCGGGAAGGAAGAUCCAGAAAUCCAUCUGGACUCCUUCAACCAGAGUGCAACCAUGAACGGUUGCACCGAUGAAGAAAAGUGCCUUCUUUUCUUCCAGACCUUGCGGAACCGAGCCACUGAAUGGUUCAAUAAGCUUCGCCCAGGAAGCAUUGAUUCAUUCAGUGAUUUGGCCUCAAAGUUCAAGGCCAAGUUCCAGGAGAAUUGUACUAAGAGGAAGAAAUUCACCUAUCUUAGUACAGCCGGGCAGAGGGAGUCUGAGAACCUUACUCAGUUCCUUACCCGGUGGAAGGAAGAGGUAGACAAGGUGGAAAAAAUGGAUGACAAAACCGUCUUAUCCCUCCUCUUGAAUGGCUUGCGUGCUGGGGAACUAUACAAGGAGUUCUGCCGGAAACCCCCGGCCACGUACCAAGAGGCCUACCAUACUGCAUGGGAGUUUGCUGAGGCUGAAACUCAACUUCGGGCGAAGAAGGAAGCCGAGCAUGGUUACAAGCCCAAACCGGUUCAAGUCAAGAAGGAAGAAGCACCGGGACCUAGCCGGCCGAGGCACCACUAUGACCCGGUCAUCCGAAUGGUCAAUACGGAAGAAUGCCAAGAAAUCCGGAAAGCACCGAUGAUCGACAGUGGAGAGCUGGGCAAGGAUUACUUGCAGAAAGCCCAAGAGAAGAGUCAUCAAUGGGUUAGGCCAGCUGCCCCGGGAGAUGACCGGGACAACGACCGGCGGAGGAAUAACCGGCCAAGGGAGCGGCAACCUGCUCCCGAAAAAGAGCACAUCGGCAUGAUCUUCGGCGGACCUGAGGGUGGAGAUUCAGCCGCGCAGCGGAAGAACUGGGUCCGGAGCAUUUACGUUGGUGAAGUAAGUGCUGAACCGGCCAGACGUAAACAUACUAGGAGGGAGCCGAUCGUCUUUACUGACCGGGAUCUCCCUCCUACCGGUGAAGAUCACAAUGAUCCAUUGGUCAUCACCAUGGACAUUAAUGUGGUGGAUGUCGCCCGGGUACUUGUUGACAACGGCAGCAGUGUCAACAUCUUAUACCUGGAGACUUUCCAAAAACUCAGGUUGUGUCGGACACAACUUGAACCCCUCAAAACCCCUCUCUCAGGCUUCACGGGAGAUACGGUAGAAGCCGAAGGAUCCAUAGUUCUACUGGUCGAACUAGGAUCAGGCCAGGCAUCAAUAAGGUCGGGGCGGUGAUUUCCAUGCCCCACCUGUGCAUGAAGUUCCACACUCCAGGUGGUGUGGGUGAAGUGAAAGGCGACCAGAAGAAUGCUCGGGAGUGCUAUGCCC